AUGCUGCCUAGGCUGAACGGUGCCGUUUGGAUGGGUGAUAGAGAGGACAGAGACUCUGCUUCAUGGAAUAGAACCACCGCCGCCACCACCAACAACAGCAAUUGUGGUGUUGUGGAGAGCAAGGACGAGUUGGGCUCUCUGUCUACCUUCAAAUCCAUGCUUGAUGUUGAUGAUGAUUGGUAUCUGCCCAAUAAUAGCAUUCAGAGCCAUUCAGAUGUCCGAGACAUAGCCUUCUCGCCGAGCUUUGCUGACCCAGAAAGCUUGCUGCUCAACCCAGUGGACUCUUCCUCUUCUUGCUCACCGUCUUCCUCGGUUUUCAACAAUCUUGACCCAAAUCAGGUUCAUUACUAUUUGCCUCAAAAUUCCACCUUGUCUUCGCUCCUUAAUGUUGUUCCUAAUAACCCUUUGGAGCAUGGCUUCGAUUUGGGCUGUGAUAUUGGGUUUCUUGACACUCAAGCAUCGAGUGGUUCAAGUUUAAUGAACAGGGGAGGUGGGGUUUUAACUGGGUUCAGUGGUUUGAGCUCAAAUAACCAGAUGAAUGCUCAGGACUUGUGUUCAAAUUUGCAAUUUUCAACUACCCGUCUGCCUCAAUUGCUUGAAAAUAGUUCAAAUUUUUCGGGCUUUCGGGGUUUUGAGGAUACUUCAGCGAAUGCUUUGUUUCCCAAUAGGCCUAAAUUAUUGAGACCCCUUGACUCCGUCCCUGAUGUGGGAGCACCGCCCACUCUUUUUCAGAAAAGAGUUCAGAAGAACUUAGCUGAUAAUGGAGGAAAUUUGGGUGUUUUAGGCUCAGAAGGGGGCCUGGUUUUGAAUCAUAUGGAAGGGGGUGAGAGGAAGAGGGAAAUGGGUGAGGAGAAUGAGAGGAAGAGGAAAUUGAGCGGGGGAGAUGAUUUUGAAGAUGUGAGUAUCGAUGGUUCAGGUUUGAACUAUGAUUCAGAUGACUUUACUGAAAACACUAAGAUGGAUGAUGGUGCUAAGAAUGGCGGUAAUAGCUCAAAUGCGAAUAGUACUGUUACUGGCGGAGGGGAUCAUAAGGGGAAGAAGAAAGGGUUGCCUGCUAAGAAUUUGAUGGCUGAGAGGCGCCGCCGGAAGAAGCUCAAUGAUAGGCUGUAUAUGCUUAGAUCCGUUGUUCCAAAGAUCAGCAAAAUGGACAGGGCAUCAAUCCUUGGGGAUGCAAUUGAGUACUUGAAGGAACUUCUGCAGAAGAUCAACAACCUCCAUAAUGAAUUGGAGUCAAUCCCUCCUGGGUCUUCAUUGACGCCUACCGGAAGUACUUUCCACCCUUUGACACCCACUCCGGCUACCCUGCCAAGUCGUAUCAAGGAAGAACUUUGCCCCAGCUCAUUACCUAGCCCAAACGGCCAACCUGCAAGGGUUGAAGUUAGGCUACGAGAAGGAAGAGCAGUGAAUAUCCACAUGUUUUGUGGGCGCAGACCUGGUCUCUUGCUCUCGACCAUGAGAACUUUAGAUAGCCUUGGGCUAGACAUCCAGCAAGCUGUCAUUAGCUGUUUCAAUGGUUUUGCUAUGGAUAUCUUCCGUGCUGAGCAAUGCAAGGAAGGUCAAGACGUCCACCCGGAUCAGAUAAAAGCAGUACUUUUGGAGUCAGUCGGGUUCCAUGGCUUGAUAUAG